AUGAUGCGCCCGCGCCCUUCGGUCUGCAGCCGAUGUUUGGCUCGCAGCAAGCAGUUUUCGACCACAGCAAAUCGCAGCAACCAAUCGCAAAUUGCAUCUUUUCCGCCUCAGACGGGCUUUAGCCGACUUACCAACCGCGGACUCAUCUCUAUAACCGGCAAUGACAGCACGACUUUCCUUCAAGGUCUUAUGACCCAGAAUAUGCUGGUUCCAAACGAUCCAAGCAAAAGCAUUCGACGCACGGGCGCAUACACCGCAUUUCUCAAUUCGCAAGGCCGAGUCUUAAACGACGCCUUCAUCUAUCCGAUCCCCGGAGCCGAGAAUAAUGACACCGAGCAGGGCUGGCUAGUUGAGGUUGACAGGAACCAAGUUCCAGUCCUAAUGAAACAUCUAAAAAAACACAAACUCCGCGCCAAGCUCAAGCUCCGCGCUCUGGAAGAAGGCGAACGCACCGUCUGGUCAACAUGGAAGAACCACUCGGAAGGACGGUGGGCAGCAUACAGUCUCGAGUCAGAAUUGCCAUCGCCGUUCCCAUCGACCUCUAAAAUCGCCGCAUGCCUUGACUUCCGCGCUCCGGGCUUCGGCUCCCGAAUCAUCACACCCGGCUCCGAUGGUCUCCGCAUCCAUAUCCCAGAUGAAGCACAAGUCGCCGGGUCCGAGGUCGCGCUGGACUCAUAUACUGUUCGUCGAUUCUUGCAUGGUGUUGCAGAGGGCCAGGCAGAGAUCAUUAGCGGAUCUGCUCUGCCGCUGCAGUGUAAUAUGGAUAUGGCGAGGGGCAUCGAUUUCCGCAAGGGCUGUUAUGUUGGCCAGGAAUUGACAAUUCGUACACACCACCGCGGUGUCACGCGCAAGCGUCUUCUCCCCGUGCAGCUCUAUGAUAUGAGUCAGGAUGUGAACAGUCUCCCAGACCAUUUGACAUAUGAUCCUUCAGUCCAAUUGACCUUGCCGACUGGCGAGUCCGAUAUUGUUAAGGCUGGUAGCACUACUCGUCGAAACCGCAGCGCUGGAACAUUCCUGAAUGGUAUUGGAAAUAUCGGCCUUGCGCUCUGCCGUCUUGAAGUCAUGACAGAUGUUGCCCUCAUGGGCGAAGCUCCUGCCCGUCCCCACGAACAUCAGUUCAAAUUGACAUGGGCUCCGGAUGUCGAGCAGCCCAGUGAGAUCGGCGUGCGUGCUUUCGUCCCACCUUGGCUGAGGGAUUUCAUUUCUGGUGCCAAGGAGGAAAAGCCUACUCCAUGCAAUCUUGAAGCUGAGGGCGAACGGGCGAGGGAGCUCGUCGAGCAACUGGAACACGAGGAAUAUGAAGCCGAAGCCGAGGCCGAAUUUGAAGAAGAGGCUGACGUUGAAGCUGAAUCUCACCGACGCUAA